AAUUUAUUGUUUGUUUAUUUUUCCAAAUCUUAAACCCAUCAAUCUCUUACAACAUGCACCCCACGUUCAAUGAACCCAGCUCAAAAAAGAAAGAGAAAAAAACUAACACACAAACCCCUCCAUCAAACAAUCACAUCCAACCUUUUCAUCAAAUUCUCUUUCUCCUAAAAAAAACCAAAAAGAAAAAAUAAAACAAAAUUAACUCCUAUUAGUUUCAUUUGGCUUAAUCUCCUCUUGUUGGUGUUUUCCUUCUCUCCCUUGCAUUGCAAGUAACAAAAUUCUUCUAUAGGGAGUUGAAAAUGGAAACCCCAUAUGUUGUUCUUGCUUGUUCACCAACCCUUUAAAAUUUUCCUUACAAAGUAUAUAAUAAAAAAGGGGAAUAAUUUAUUUUAUUUUUUAAAAAAUAAAUUAAAAACAAAAUGGUUAGAGCACUAGAUCAAGAACAGGAAAAUCAUAAGUCCAAAUUAUUCCAUUUCAAAGGAAUGUUUGAGAAUGCGGCGAGGCACUCGAAAAGUUUAAGCGUUGAAAGUGCUAGCACAUUAGAUCCUACAACAGAAGAUGAUAAUGUUUCAUCAAGAAGUCAAGGAUCAAAACCUGUACAUCAUGAUCCUGAAAGAGCUCAUCCUAACAAGCCAAGAACAAUAAAGGAGGAGAUUGUAGCCAAAGAAGCCAAAGAGAAACAUGUGCAAGAAAUCGAACAGAUGAAGGAGAGAUUUGCUAAACUACUAUUGGGAGAGGAUAUGUCUGGUGGAGGGAAAGGUGUUUCUUCAGCUUUGGCGUUGUCAAAUGCAUUAACAAAUCUUGCUGCUUCUGUUUUCGGUGAACAAAGGCGGCUAGAGCCAAUGCCGCCGGAAAGGAAAGCCAGAUGGAGAAAAGAAAUCGACUGGCUUCUUUCGGUCACUGAUUACGUCGUUGAAAUGGUUCCUACACAACAAAAAGGCAAGGAUGGUUCAAGCAUGGAGAUUAUGACAACACGGCAACGAACCGAUCUUCAUAUGAAUAUCCCUGCCUUGAGAAAGCUUGAUACAAUGCUUAUUGAUUGUCUAGAUAACUUCAGAGACCAAAACGAAUUCUAUUACGUAUCGAAAGAUGCUGAUGAUAAAGACACAAAAGGUAAAAAUGAUGACAAGUGGUGGUUACCUACACCUAAAGUACCUGUAGAUGGUUUGUCUGAUGCAGCAAGAAGAUUUCUACAGUAUCAGAAAGAUUGUGUGAAUCAAGUACUUAAAGCAGCAAUGGCUAUAAAUGCUCAAACUCUACAAGAAAUGGAGAUCCCUGAAAGCUAUAUUGAAGCCCUACCUAAGAAUGGAAGAGCAAGUCUAGGGGACAUGAUCUACCGGAGCAUUACCGAUGAUUUUUUUGAUCCCGAUCAGUUCUUAGCAACAGUUGACAUGUCAUCAGAACACAAGAUUGUUGAUCUCAAGAACAGAAUUGAGGCAUCAAUAGUGAUUUGGAAAAGGAAGAUGAACCAAAAAGAUAACAAAUCAGCAUGGGGUUCUGCUGUGAGUAUUGAGAAGAGAGAACUCUUCGAAGAGAGAGCAGAAACCAUCUUAGUUCUCUUGAAGCAUAGAUUUCCAGGGCUUCCCCAAUCUUCAUUGGAUAUUAGCAAAAUCCAAUUCAACCGGGAUGUAGGGCAAGCUGUUCUUGAAAGUUAUUCAAGAAUAUUGGAAAGUUUGGCCUUUACGGUGUUAUCAAGAAUCGAAGAUGUACUUCAUGCAGAUUGCCAAACACAAAAUCCAUUACAAGGAAGAAGAAAUAGUGCGAGAAAUCCAGUUCCAAAGCCAGAAAAGUGUCCGACUCCUCCAAGAGAAGAAGUAGACAAGAUCAGUGCAGAAACUCCUUGUUCGAUGACACUAUCAGAUUUCAUGGGUUGGAGCAGUGAUCAAGGUGAAUCAGACCCUAAUAAGAAGGAUUCUUCUGCAGUUUCAGAUGAUACGGACAAAGAUAUUGAAAGCGCAAAGCUUCAAAAACUUCCACUCAUAUCGACCGAUAAGAAAUUGUCAUACGUUGAAAACAUAGGAGGUAUGAGAAGUCCAACAUCACGCCAUUGAUUAAGCUUUAAAAGAGGGAGAGGAGAGAAAGAAGACUUGAUUACUUAUUCUUGAUCAUAUAUUCUUUCUUUUUUUUUUUGUACAUAAAAAGAUGAAUACACAAAAUCAAAAGGGUUUGAAGCAUUUUGACAUUUUGCCUAUGAUGGCAGGAGGAUUAGUCCUUUGUACCAACAUGUAAUCAAAACGCAGAACAAUUGAUCUUGCUAAUGGAUUUUCCUUUGAGCUUCUAUCCUA